GUUCCUGUGUUCAUCAGUCAGUGAAGGAUCCAAGAUGGCGGCCCUUAUUUCUGAAUUUCGUGGAGGUUUAGGCCAACUAUUUCAGAAAACAAGACUAUUAACAACRGUUCAUAACCGGAUUGCUGCAAGAAAUAAGAUUAGAUCAAUCAGUUCGUUGUCUGACAAGACACCAGUAACUUCGAGCUCACCAGUUCCACCACCCCAAAAGAAAGAACCAUUUGAUAACAGUACCUAUAAAGUAAAUGAGUAUUACUCCUACAACGAAGAUUCCUUCUAUGACAUGGAAUGUGAAAUAGAUGCAACAGGGAAACGGCAGAGCCAGCCAGACCCAUCAAUUCCAUACAGACACACAGAACCUUGGAAAAAGGAGGCCAAAUCUUGAAUUUUGGUUCAUUUGGUGCUUUAUUCUUCAUUUUGCUGUGAGCUUGAAAUGUUUAAACAAAUAACCUGACUUUAUCUUAAGAAAUGUAUGGAUUUAUCAUUUCGAUAAUAGUAAAAAAACAAAUUUAACUGAAACUGUUCUGUAGAAAUAAAAAAGCUAGCCUGCAUAGCUAGACUCGGGGGGGAAUAGGGAUGAGGGUGGAGGGGAAUGGAAGGGAGAGCAUAAAACAAACCCUAUAUAUAUCCUUUAUCCUUUCUCCCCUGAAACUAAGAACUGCUGUGGGUGAGGCUAGACCACCAGAGGCCGCAUGUUUCUAUUUGGGUUUCUAUUCCAUAUUGUUGUGACCUUUUGCUUAUUGCAUUAACAUCUCCAACGGUGCAUUUUAGAAUCAAUAUACAGCAUGCAACAAAACCAUAACCAACGUUUUUUGAAAAUAUAUAGUAAUACUGGAWUUAUCAAGAUUUAUUAUCAUAAAAUUUUGCACAGGCUUCGCAUUUUGUGGCACUGUGUUUGUUGGACUUCUUGUGGAGAUUUUAACAGAUAAUUGCUGGGAGCCGUCAGGGCCGAGUUGUACGAAGCCUGGAUAGCGCUGUCUAAUGGAUAAAUCCUUAUUCAGUGGAUAACUGAAUAAAUUUAUUGGAUAACUGCUGUUAUCCAAUAAAUUUAUCCACUGGAUAAGAUAACCGCUGUUAUCCAAUACAUUUAUCCACUGGAUAAGAUUUAUCCAUCUGAUAGCACUAUCCAGGCUAUUUGUGCGGUAUGGCGGUAAAAAAUACACUCGUUUUACUCUUCGUUUCGUUUAUUUAAUUGCGUUAGAGAGUUCCUACAUAAUAAAGUAAUGAUUACAAUUUAACGAUAAAACAGAAAACGAUUAAAGCAAACGGAAAGCAAAAGAAAUAGAAACUAGACCCUGGUUCCAGGGUAAGCUGGGAUACCUGGAGGACCUGGUUUCAACAUGCAUGGAGUAUCUGGUAAACCAGUUAUCCCAAUAAAAAAGACGCUAGGACGGGUGCGGGGUCGUGGGGAGUGGAGGGAUGAUGGGGUCUUAACCUGGCAUUUUUUGCCAGAGGUAGAGUGUGUGUAGACUGUUUGUUUUAAACCAUAGAAUCACUAGAACAACAAAUUUAUUCACAGGACCGGAAGUUAGGUAUUACUCUUAGAUAAAAUAUGGGUCUGUGCAGAAAUGCUGUUGUUUUGACAUGGACCCGAACAAUAAUAAAGUGAAAAUAUUUUUUAUUAAAGCUUCAUAAAGAGCUCAAA